AACAAGGUUGCUGCGUUUGAUCCUAAAGCCUGUUAGUGUCAGCAUUAUUCACUCUGUCCAUUUUUUUGAUGGAAUAUAUUUGCCAUUUAUAGGAAGAAUGAGGUCGGCUCUGCUUCACGUAAUGGCGAUUUUCAUAUUUUGUGUUGCUCUGGCAAAUACGAACCUGUUCAGUGAAGUUGAAGUGGACUUGAACUAUGAGCAUUAUGCAGAAAACAGGGCUGAAAACCUGCCUGCGUUUUUAGCAAUGCCCUUCAACUGUGUGGUUAACCUUGGUUAUAUCUUCAUGGGACUGUACUGGCUGCUCUGGAGCAAAGCCGCUAAUGAAACGGAGCAAAGCUGCUACCUGAGGCAAGUCUUUGCCCUCAUGGCUGUUUUUUACGCACCGGUACAGUGGACGCGCCUCGCAACGCUCCGGCGCGCUCCCGCGGUGCUGGACCAGUGGCUCACUUUGCCGAUCUUUGCGUGGGUUCCUGCGUGGAUUGACUACAUAGAGCGCGCGCCAGGGAAGUGGCGCCCGGCACGCGCAGCGGUCAUUGAACUCUGCUCCGUUGCCAGCUACGGACUGGCCCUUGCUCACGCUCAAGGCUUCGAGGUGGCACUGGGAUGUCACGUGGCCAUAGCUCUGUACACAGGGAUUCGCGUGCAACUGACGCGCGGGGACGCGCGCACAAUGGGCUACCUCCAGCUGGCAGUGAUGUCCUGUGCCGGAUUCGUGGUGCUAAAGCUGUUGGAUCACUGGCUGGCUCAGCACUGGAUCUUCCAGAGACUGACGGGACACUUCUGGUCCAAAGUGUGUGACGUGCUGCAGUUUCAUUACAGCUUCUGUUUCCUGACUGCAUUAACAGACAAGGCACAGAGGAAAUCUGCAGCACAGCGGAAAUGAUCAGAAUAAUGAAUCUCUUGCAGUAGUGCCUUUAUUGUCAUUAUAGAAAUGUGUGAGAUUAAAAAGAUGCUCCUCAGCAGUUGAGGGAUACCAGUAACAUACGGUACAUAACACAGCAACUUCACCAACAUUCAUUUAAACCUGCAGAUAGCUUACCUCCUGAUUAACCUCCAAUAGGCCUUAAUCCUAAUAAAACAGUCAUGUUA